CUGGAGCGCGUUACUAGGGAGACAGCGUAGGAUAUUGAUGCUGGCGGCGGGCGCUUGUCAGCCCCUUAGCAACCGCUGCACUGCUCAGCUCCUCAGUAACCCCGGUGAGGAGCGGCCCCGCUGCAGCCCCGACACACUUAAUACAACAGCAUUCGGUUUGUUGGGGAAUUUGAAAGAAUGGAUUAAAGAAGCACCAGUGGGUCUUGAAGUCCACUUCAAAAUGGCUACUUCCAAAUGAGCCUGACACUGGCACCAGGAGCAUGUCUGCUUGACAGGACAAGCAAGAGCUGCAGGGACUGGCAUUGCAUCGAGAGGGGCUUGGUUGGUUUUUUACAGCACACCACAACGGGUAGGAAGUUUACCAUGGUAACUGUCAUCACGGAGCAGCUACAGAAGCAGAGUUUGGAUGACCUGGCUUGUAAAGCCCUCAACUUUAAUCUGCCUCUGCCUGAAAAUACAAACCAAGGUGGCUGCUGGAAUCCAUACCAUUUCAUACCAGAGGAAAGGAAGUGGAAUGUACUAAAUUCGCGUGCAGAACUUCCAGUGAAAAUGGGGUUUCCUUCACUUGUCAGCUACAACCUAAAUGGCAUUGAGCCCUCCAGACAGAGCAAAUCCUCAUGGACAAGGCAGGUGACUAGUACUUCUGUGGGAAAUCUGAAUGACUUGCACUUCUUUGAGAGUUCUGCCUUACUCCCAGCUCCACCAACUAAACGGCACUGUCGCUCGCUUUCCGUGCCAGAGGACCUGUCCCACUGCCGGUCUCUAUGGAAGCCAAGCAGCUCAAAGGUGUGGAUCCCUGUCAAACGCCGCUGCAAUAGUGGCGGCACUGCAAGUGCACAGCUCUGCGCCCCGACACAGCGACCAUCCAAUCUUGGCCUGCCGCAGCCACCUCUCUCCAGCCUUCACUCUAACGGCAGCUUCACCUUCUCCAGCCUCACUGCGUCUCCCGAAUCCCCAUUGCCUUGGACGUUAUCACCUGGCCACCAUUCUACAGAAGCUGCUGAGAGAACGUUCUUGGGGAUCCAGUGCAUCUUGCCCGAGCAGUGCGAGUUCCUCCCUCAAAGGCGCUUUUCACUGUCACCUGUGCACAUCCAUGAGGCAACAAGAUGUCUAAUGUCAGCAAAAAGUACCCCGUCCUCCACUCCAGAGAUGAACCGGCGGCAGCAGGGCCUGCUGCGCAGCCACUCCCAGCCCUGUGAUCUAAACGAACGCAAAUGUGGUAUCAAACGCAGGCAUGAUGAGGAUGUCCGGUGGGCUAGACCUGCCCUAGACUUCUUCAAGAUGACCCAGAUGAGAAAUCUAAGCAGUCCUGCAUGUGUUGAUCCAGAGGAGAGGGAGCCCCGGAAGUUCACCUCUUUAUCUGUGAGCCGCUCGCCAGCCUGUGCGUUGGAGCGUGUGGUCUGCCCACUGGACCUGCUGCACGGCUGCCCAGCAUCAAAUGGCAAAAUUGAAACACUAAGCGAAAGCGAGGAGGAGGAGGAGGACAGAAAGGGGUUCAGCAGCACCACAGAGGAGAGCCCAUUCCAGAGGAACUGCGAGGAUCUGGAUUUGGAGAUGAUUGAGGAAAAUUGAAUGGUUUCAGUUGAGUAAUUAUUGGAGACUUAUGUUUUUUUACCUUUCAGAUUACGCCUUAAAAUGCAUCCCAUGUGCAGAGAUUGCAAGGGGUAUGUGGACGCUUUACAUUACUUCCCAGGUUCACGAUUAUUGAGAGCUGUGAAGACGAGCAAUGUAAUGACUUUGUGCUGCUCCUUUCUUCUGCUCACACCACAUGAAUCGUCCACUUGCUGAAGCUUAAGCCCAUCCAAUGAAGCUGUCAUAACGCUCUCCACCAACAUCCAGGGACAGGUUAGGACAAUACUGAACGGCAUUCUCGCUGUGAAAUUGUGGAAAGGUUUGAUGGGAAGGAGCAAAGGGACCCUCAGUUUGCAAGAAACACUGAAUCCAUGUCUUCAGCUUUCACAUUGUCAACAUGACUAUGUAGUUGAUUUCCAGACUCCUUUCUCUUCACCUCUAUGAUGGACAUCCGGGGGCGGCGUCUGAGUGGGAUUCGGGCUUGAUUCAUCUUUCAAAGAAUCAGGGCUCUUAAGUGAGUUUACAAAGGGAAGUAGUUCAGUUGGCUUUUGUUUCAAGGGAGUUGUAGUUUAUUCAAUUUGCUUGAGACAAUCGACUGGGAUAAACUACAACUCCCAGAAUGGCCUCCACACUCCAGCCUGGAUCUCUGAGCUGUGGAAGUAGGAUGGAAACCAGGUUGUGGUGUGUUCAGUCUGGUGACAGCAGAUGCUCUUACAUACUCGUGGUCUGGAGGGUGUAUCAUGACGCUGUCAUUUCCUUGUGCGCACUGUCCUUGCAGAGACUCUAUGCUUGUAUUUUAGGCCGUGCAUCAAAUCUAUGAAUUUCAGAUUAAAGACUCAUAACUUCCUCCUGAUUUUACUUGCCCAUCCCCCUCCUCCUUUCUGUCCUCCUCAACAGGCUUCCAAUGUUUCUAAUAAAAUUUAAUCAAAGAUUGUGAUAAUAUAAAGAAACUGGCUCUUUAUUCACUGCCUUAUAAAUAAAGACAACGUUUUGGAUAAAAGGCAAACUA